GUGCCAGUUUUGAAGCAUUGAAGUGAAGGAAGGAUGGGAGCCGAAUGAAUUUUUAUUAAUUUUUAUGGGACAGGAUGCUAGUUUCAUAGAAGGAAUAGAUGUACUCAUGCCAAUUAAGAUAGUUUGAAGUCAUUUAACAGUUUUCACAUGUGAAUUAUGUUCCCCUUAAGCUAAGCCGUAUUAUGUAUGGUAAUGACCAUCUACUCAUUUUGCAUUGAAUUUUUCCAUCUUUCCCUUUUUGGGGGUCUAUUUAGUGAUAAACGACCCUAUGGCUCCCAACAUUUAAAUGAUUGGUCUAUCCUGGAUUCAAUACUAUGAAGUUCGGCGCCCUAAUGAAAGACAUUGGCGCAAUGCGCAGAUUCUAUGGAAUUUUAAGUCUCCUCGCUAAACUUACAAAGCGGUGUGUUCUAAGAAUAACACGCGACCACUUUUAUUUCAUUAUUCAGUCAGAAAACUGGUCUGUUACUCAGCAUCUUCUGGUCUGGGCAUAUAUUGAACAAAACAAAUUUUUUGAUGUCUAUAAUUUAACUGGCGUUUCAAUGCAUACAACUGAUACUGGUGAAGUCCUCAAAGACGAGAUCAUGCUAGAAAUAGUACCAGAUAUGAUGGUGGGGUCUUUGAAAUGUUUAAAACCAGCAUCAUCCAAAAGCAUAGCUCAAAUUAAAUCUUUAAAAAUCAAGCUAACAGAUAAACUCUCUCCUUGUCUCACUUUCAAUGUGGAAAUGAGCUCAGCUGCAAAUAAAUUUGUGCCCGACCACGUGAUGCAUGAUGUUCCUGUGACUGUUAUACCAAGGAAAGACUGGGACUAUUAUUGUAAACCUCCUCCUCAAAUCAAUUCUGAUGUAGUGUUUGAAAUGCUGAACAUAAAAGUAUUCAGGAUAAUAGUGGAGAAAAUGAAGAAAUUAAGUUCAUCUGUAAGGGUUACUGUGAAAUCAGACAGUUCACUAAUGCUACACGUAGAAAAGAUUGAUGUCAGUGUCAAAACAUACUUUCAAGACAUACAUUUAAUUAAACAGCCAGAUGAUGGUAAUUUCGAAAUUUCAGUUCUGGUCGACACAAAGAGAUUGUCUCAUUUUCUUACCUCUGAUAGUUCUGUGCAACCACAUCAAGUUCGCUGUAGUGUAAAAAAUGGAGAACUGUUACACCAAUCUAUAAAAGAUGAAGGCUUUGCUUUCAAUUAUUAUCUGCCUGCCCUUGCUGAUUCCUGAUUAAUGUAUCUAAUCUUUUGCUCCUCUCUUCAAUUUUUCCAAAACUCUGCCCUUUUUUCCAUUUAAUUAAGUUUUGUAAGUAAUUUGUAGUAACAGUCAUUGAUAGUUGUAUAGUUCCUCUAUUUUUUUAAUACUAGGAUUGGUUAUUAUUAAAAGAAAAAAAGACCUAUGUACAGA